AUGUCGAACCAGCAGGUGGGCACGGUAUUCGAUCGUGUCAUCCAGGAGGUCUGUGAUGGCUCCCAGGUGGACUUCGAGGAAAGUGGUGUGGACCAGCAAACACUGUUAGAUUUGCGCAAGAGCUGGCAGAAGAAGCUCUCCUCAUUGGGUGUCGCUCACUUCCCUUGGGACCCGCCGCCGCCGCAAGCCGCUCCCCCUCAGACACAAAAUAUCCUCCCUCCCACCGCAACUGUGCCGUCAAAUGCUCCUCGGCCUGGUCCACCCCCUCAGCCACAGCAUCAUGUUCCUCCUCCCCCUCCUCAACAGCAACCCAUCCCUCAGUCCGUCCCCGCUACGGCACCUCCGCUCCAGGCUCCUGCUCCGGUUGGGGCCGGCCCCAAUGCCAUGGGUCAACAACAACAACAACCUCACAUCAAGACCGAACCUGGCGUCAACGGUCAGCCUGGGAUGAUGCCGAUGAAUAAUAUGAUGAUGCCAAACUCCUCCAACCCACAGUCUGCUCAAGAACGGGCUGCCAAUAUGCUUCGUCAGCGUUACGGAGCUGCAGCCGCUAACUCAGUCAGUCAGCUGCAAGCACAGUCACAGGCCCAAGCAGCCAUGGCCAUACCUGGCCAGCCGCGUCCCCAGCCUAUGCAGCAUGUACCCAACGGGCAGGCUCCACAGAUCAAGCAAGAACCGGGGUAUCCCCCUGUGUCUCAACCCCCUGUCGGCAAUACUCAAACGGACGGUGCCGGUGAUGAUGCCUUGUCUGCAUGGAAGGCUGAGGUUGCACGGAGGCGGGAAGCUGCCGAACGCCAGGGAGGAGAAGGUGAUCGUCUCCUUCGUGACCAUCUCAGACAACAGAUGCUCCAGUUAGAAGGCGGUGGUCUGAUGCUGCCUCUCGACGAGCAUGACUACUCAUCGAAGACAUCGACUCGUGGGCUGGUGGCUACCCAAGCAGAGCCAGCUGAUGUGUCGGCAGUUGCUGGUUCCUCAUCUCAUCCACCCAAGGUUCUCGGUGCUCAAUUCGACGGCCCCGGUGGUGAUGAUGAAAGGGAUGAGGAUGACGAGGAUGCCAUCAAUUCUGAUCUUGACGACCCUGAUGACCUUGUUGCUGAGGAUCAUGAUGCUGAAGAUGCCGUAGGCCAGGUCAUGCUUUGCACUUAUGACAAGGUUCAACGCGUGAAGAACAAGUGGAAGUGCACCCUCAAAGAUGGUAUCCUGACCACUGGUGGCAAGGAGUACGUCUUCCACAAAGGUCAAGGAGAAUUCGAGUGGUAG